GGACUCAACAGAAGCUGGUGCUAUUCAUACUUUGUGUUUUGUCCUUGAUUCGAUUAUAAUCUUAACAAAGAUUGCACGAUUAAAUCCGGCUUUACGAGCCCAUGCAUUGCCUCUUCAACCAUCGGUUGACCGCCACCGGACUCUGCUCCGGCCGUUCGCUCUUUUCACGCUCCGCCAUUGGGCAUGCACAGCGUCGACCUUGCAACUUUACCAUUACUGGACCAAGCCCAGUCUAAAGUGGCUUUCUUAGCUGUUGGUAGCUUUCCAGCACUUAACUGGCGCAUCACUCAUCACUCAAAUUCUGAUGGGAGGCAGGCUGGCUCUAAACAACAGACGCAUAUACAUUGGGGAUAGCCUGAGUGCUUAUCAAGAAUAUAUUUAUGGUCAUCAACUGAUUAAAUAGCCAUUAUCUUAGUAGGGGGCUCAUGAAUACGAACCCGGGAUUCACGGGUUCGCGAAAGCCACAUUAGACUAGGCUUGGUCCAGUAAUGACAAUAAAAAUAGUUUAGUGAUCUGAACCCUGACACGGGAAUCACUGGAACCGGCUAUAUAUUUAUUGUGUAAAGCUGCCUGAUCGAGGCACUGCAUGCCCAUUACAGUGCGAAAGUGUGAAAAGAGCGAAUUGCUAGUGAUACUGACAGACCUAGCUACCCGCACCCCACCAUGCAGCUGCAAGAUUUGUCUUCGAGUGGCGACUACUACAUCACAGCGAUAAAGGUGUAUCGCCAAGCUAGUGGUUGGGGGAGACUUUGGAAAGUGAUCGAUUGGAUGAAUGAACAUUUACCUGCAUUAGUUGGUUCCCUUGGCUCUUCUGCAGUCGUCGAUGGUGGCAUUAAUAUGCUCAGUGUGGGAGCAGGGUGCGGUACUAUCGACAGUAAAAUUCUACAUCAUCUUCUAGACAGCGCGCAUCCUAAGCUUCGCGCAGUCAUCUUGGAACCUGACUCUCACAUGAUGCAGCAGUACCAAGACCUAGUCAGCAAGGAGUCUACCAAACUACAAGGUGUGGACUUUGACUGGAGACAGCAGACAUUUCAGGAGUUUCAAGCCACCGCCAAGGAAGAUGACAAGUUUCAUUUCAUCAGCUGUAUCAGCUCCAUCUAUUACUGUGGAGACUUGGAGAAGUCUCUCAAAUUUCUUUACGAAAAACUGGAUAGUGGAGGACUUUUGCUCAUUACGACUACGUCAGCUGACAGCGGUUUUGGAAAACUGUGGAAGUAUCUGAGCGUCAAUCUGGCUAGAGAAGGGGAACACCUGAUGUCUACAGACAUCCAAGAGGCGUGCUAUAAACUGAACAUUCCUAUCGCAGAGGUUCAGACUAUCAAGAUAUAUUGCGAUAUCUCAUCAUGCUUCAAUGCUCCCCCUCAUCAACUCUCCCAAGACGGGAGCAUCCUUCUUGAUUUCCUGACUCAUAUCGUCAACUUCGCCCAGAACGCCCCGGCCGGGUUUCGAGACGAUGUGCUUCGGCUCUUGGGGAGUCAAGAAUGCUCGGUCAGAGGACCAGAGGGCCAGGUCAACCUGGACGCAAGCAAUUCCAUUUUUCUCAUCCGACGAGAGUAACGAAAAACGUUUCAUGUCUACAUCAACAAGAACCACCGGUGUUAUUUUAUAUUACGCGUUUUCUUUUUUGACAAAAAAUACUGACUGAUUUUGACAAAAUGUAGUACAUGUAUAUACAUGUACCUCUAUACGAAACAAGUAGUUUUUUUUUUUUUAGCAUUACUUUGUCAAAACAUUUUCCUUAAUGGACUGAAAGAAAUAAACGUAGAAUAAAGGUUUAUGGUGUGUGGUAAUGUUGUAGGUUCUAAAUUAAUCAGUACAAUUUUGUCACAAUUAUGAUUUGUCAAGAGUUUGAGGGGCCAUGACUUUAAGCACGGCAAUCGCCCAGCCUGUCGUUAAACUGGAAUAGCGCCCUCAAGUCGUUUUUUCUUGUUUGGUCUGGCUCGCUGUUAAAGAACUUGUACUUACAUGUAUUUUAUUCCUCCAUUAUUAAACCAGUAUCCCAAAUGGUUGAACUAGUUUACAAGGAAAGAGGAAGGAAAUAAAAAAGCAAAGCC